AUGAUUGCAUACCUUCUUCGGCCCUACGUCCUGGCCAGCAUCUUAAUCGUUGUACUUGGUCUUGCGUUCUACCGUCGGCGGCGAAACCCGAAUCUUCCAGACCUGCCGUGGCUCAACACCAGAGAAGGCGAGUGGCUCUCGACACUGCGAGCCAGAAUACGCUCAACAGUCAAUUACAAAGAGGCAAUUCACCAAGCCUACCAGCAGUAUUCAAAGAAAGACCAGUCAUGCAUUAUAGCCAAAGUCAACGGCGACGAAAUCAUCCUCCCGGCCUCGCUAAUAACAUGGAUCAUCAAUCAGCCCGACACCGUCCUCGCCGUGGACCACAAGGACAUUCUUCAAACAGACUAUACCUUCGUCCACCCGUUCGUGGUGAAUAAGCCCCUGCACCAUGAGACCAUCAGGAGUGACCUUACGCGCCAACUGGGUACGCUCACCACAGACAUCAUGGAUGAGCUAGCGACGGCAUUCGACGACAUCUGGGGCACUGACACAACCCAGUGGAAGGAAAUAUGCCCAUUCGAGACGAUGAAGCUCAUCAUUGCCCGGACAAGCAACCGCGUGUUCGUGGGCUUGCCGCUAUGUCGGGACAAGGCCCUUUUGGAACAUGGCAUUGGAUUCGCCUCUGCUGUUCCCGUCGCCUCCGUUCUGCUAAGGCCGUUCCCUGAUUUCCUGCGGCCCCUUGCUUCUCUCAUCAUUGCACGACCAAAUCGACGUCACACAAAAGGCUUCGCGCGUCUCGUACGACCCGAGAUCGAGCGGCGUCAGAGGCUGCUGGACGGCCAGAACGGCGAGCUAGAGAAGAAAAUUGGCGAUCCCGAGGCGAAUGAUUUCCUGCAAUGGUCAAUCCGACGAGCGAGGGAUAGCCCUUGCCCUUAUGAACACGACCCAGACAUCAUCGCUGAAAGACUCCUGGCUGUCAAUUUCGCAGCCAUUCACACCUCCACAUUCAGCAUCACAAAUGUCAUCUUCGACCUCGUUGCUUCCGACCCUUCCAAGAGGUAUCUUGAAGUCCUGCGUGAGGAAGCCUCCUCCGUGGCCACCGCCAACAAUGGCGUGUGGACAAAAUCGGGCCUCGCAAAGAUGUACAAGACCGACUCGGCUCUGCGGGAAUCCUCUCGCAUAGGUUCCUUCCUGGGAGCUGGACUUUCUCGCAAGGUCAUGGUACCCGAGGGCGUCACGGCUCCAAACGGCACAUUCUGUCCAUACGGGAGCUAUGUCUCCGUGCCCACAAAUGGCGUGCAUAACGAUCCAGAACAUUACCCAGAUGCAGCGACGUAUGAUCCCUUCCGCUUUUCGAUCCAGCGCGAAUCAGCACCGAACGUCAACAGCAACUCGGAUGACUACAUCAAGAAAGCAAAUCUCUCCUUCGUCAGCACCUCACCUACCUAUCACCCCUUCGGCCACGGAAGGCACGCCUGCCCCGGACGAUUCUUUGCGGCGAAUGAGCUCAAGUUACUGCUAGCGUAUAUGCUGACCAAGUAUGAAUUCGAGCAUUUGAACGAGCGGCCUCCCAGUAAAUGGAUUGGGACAAGUCUGGUCCCUCCCCUGACAGCAACCGUGAGAGUAAGGAGAAGAAUGGGGUAG